GACUGGACUAGGGACCGUUCAGCUGCCCAAAGCAUCCGCUGCCGUGGACCUGGCCGGAGCCCCGGACCUCUCGCGCUUCUGGACCGCUCCUUGCGCCUGCACAGCCGGGUAAUGAGGCCUUUCGGAGAGGGACUCUGGUUCUGCUAGGCGGCCCCACAAACCCGGAAAAGCGCGCAGCACAUCUCAGAGUUGGAUCCCGCUGGACCCCGGACCCCGGGCUGGGGCGGCCGGCAUGUCGGAUGCGCGGAAGGAGCCGGACGAGGCGGACGACAGCCAGUGCGACUCGGGCAUAGAGUCGCUGCGCUCUCUGCGCUCCCUGCCCGAGCCUACUGCGGCCCUAGUCUCCGGACCAUCGCACAGAGGCUGUCCACAGCCCUGGAGCCACCCCCCAGAGACCCACAAGGAACCAGGGGAGAAAGAAGAUGCAGAUGGAGAGCGGGCAGACUCCACCUAUGCCUCCUCCUCUCUCACUGAGUCCUUGCCCUUGCUGGGGAGAGCCGAAGUGGAGAACCCGGCCCCAGGCUCACCGCUGCCCCACACGGAGGUACUGAGCCCUCAGCAACUCGAAGCGCUCACAUACAUCUCUGAGGAUGGAGACACGCUGCUCCACCUGGCAGUAAUUCAUGAAGCCCCAGCGGUGCUGUUCUGUUGCUUGACUUUCCUGCCCCAGGAAGUUCUGGACAUUCAGAACAACCUUUACCAGACAGCACUCCAUCUAGCUGUUCACCUGGACCAGCCAGAUAUAGUUCGAGCACUGGUGCUGAAGGGAGCCAGCCGGAUACUACAGGACCAACACGGUGACACAGCCCUGCAUGUAGCCUGUCAGCGCCAGAAUCUGGCCUGUGCAUGCUGCCUGCUGGAGGAGCAGCCAGAGCCAGGCAGAGAGCCAUCUCACCCUCUGGACCUCCAACUGAAGAACUGGCAAGGUCUGGCCUGUCUCCACAUUGCCACAUUGCAGAGGAACCAACCACUCAUAGAACUGCUGCUUCAGAACGGAGCUGACAUUGAUGUACAGGAGGCCACCAGUGGAAAGACUGCACUGCACCUGGCUGUGGAAACCCAGGAGCGCAGCCUGGUGCAGUUCCUGCUCCGGGCCGGCGCCCGGGUAGAUGCCCGCAUGCUCAAUGGUUGCACGCCUUUGCAUCUGGCAGCCGGCCGCGGCCUCAACAGCAUCUCAUCCACUCUGUGUGAGGCUGGUGCCGACUCCCUGCUGCUGAAUGUAGAAGAUGAGACACCCCAGGACCUGGCUGAGGAUCUCCUUUCUUAUUUGCCCUUUGAUGACCUGAAAAUCUCCGGGAAGCCACUGCUGUGUACUGACUGAAGCCAGGCCAGGGGUCCCACCUUUUCCUACCUGGAAGCUGGAGCCACAGCUGCUGCAGUUGGGGCCCAAGCAGCAUGCCCCUCCGCAGAGGCCAGAGCCUGGGGCUAGUGUGGUCCUAACAGGAGAGGAAGGAUUGCAAAUGAGGAAGCCGGUCCAGAAGGAAGAACUUCCCAGGUGGACAGGAUGGAGAUUCUUGAAAGACCCUCAAAGCCUGCUUGCUUCUGUUGAAGAUGGCAUGGGCUGAAACUGACAACCAUCAGGAAAACGGAUGAGCAAACAGGACCCUAAGGGGCCUUACCUAAAACCCCUUUGUGAGCGUGCUUGGGACUGGAGGUUGAACCUAGAGCCUCCCAAUGGUAGGCAAGCUUACUAUCAAGUAGCUCUAUCCCCAGCCUUCUUUUUACUUUUAAUUUUGUGGCAGGGUCUCACUGGGUUGCCUGAGAUGGCCUGGAACACACUCUGUAGCCCAAGCAGUCCUUGAACUAGGAUCCUUCUGCUCGGCCUUCUGAGUAACUGGGAUUAUGGGUCUGAUGGCAGUGGGCCUGGGAAAGCACACUUGUCUAAAGACUUCAUACAUAAGGCUCCAAACUGAGCCUUUGGAAAUGGAUAAUUCUGUAACAUGACACUAAAAUGGAAGAGAGAGACUUUAAAAAAAAAUGUUUCCCUUCUACAAUUGUUUGCAUAGGCAGGCCGGACCGGUGAUCCCGGGGUAAAGACAGAGACGGAAACUGGCCCUGAGCAAGGGGAGCAGGGCCUUGCUGUUAUAAUUCUGCUGGCUUUCCCUGUCAUCUGGGUAGUGGAAUUAUAACACUUACUGGGUAGGGUGGGAGGCCUGAGAGUUCUCAGGCCUGCUUCCUGCCAGCACAGACACAUCUCCUUCA